AGCUGAUUGAGAGGAGACACAUCUUAGAGCAGAAAAAAAAAACCCUCCCUCUCCUUUUGUUUUUCUACAAGAAAAGACUUUCUAAGUUCGUUUAAAUAACUGUUUCACUGUUUGGGGGAAUUUUCCCUCUUUAAACCCCCGUUUUUGGGGCGCCUUUUGUUUAAAAAAUGACCGACCUUAAUAAUGACCGGACACGGAACGGAAUAACGACAAAUGAGCAAGACAACAGGCUGAAAACGAACGAAAAAAAAGAGUUUGGAAAAUAUCGGGACGGAGAGGAAUGAAGGAAGCUGACGGUGAAUGUGGAGAUGGAAGGAGUAAAUGCGAUGGAGCUUAUGAAGUGUGUGCGCGAGCUCUGCGGCGGACUCGUGGCCUGCCGUUUCAUCUCGGUGAAAUGACAAUGAGCCAUCCGAGAGGGAAGGAGAGACUGAUGGAAGGAUUUAAGAUCGGGGACACUAGGGUACACGCCAGGGAGCUGACCAACGAUGAGCUGGUGGUGUCGUUUCUCAACUUGCCGUUCUACGUAGAAGAUCGGGAGAUCCUGGAGAAGCUGCAAGUCUCGGCCGCGUCACCAAUCAAGAGACGGAUGUGGCCAAGUACAAACGUAGCAGACGGGACAAGAUUUUUCAAGGUCCAGGCGGCUGCCAGACGUUCUGACGAGACCCCCACGGAGACUCCUGUUCCAGUAAAACCGGGUGAUUGGGUGAGGGUCAAAGUAAAAUGGGCAUGCUAUGUCCCCUUUAAAGUAAUACGUUGACCACAAAAGGAGGGUCUACCUGUAUGUCUUGUCUUGAUUAUUUCCAAAUAUAAGCUUGUAUACUCUACUUUAAACUCAGCUACGCACCUCAGCAUACACACCAUGUAUAUGUAUCAACGGCUACAAGUUGGGCGCCGAGG